AGAAGAAGAAGACGGAGGCGGAGCUUCGUGUUUGAAACUGGCGGGCUAGAUCAACAUUUCAGUCACGGACAAGGGACCAAAGUUAACCAAGAUACCCGGGACAAGUGGCUCUUUUUAGAGGACUUUUCACAUACAGUGUCCGGUAACAGUGCUGCCCAUUGUCCGCUGGACCUGUUGAAUGCAGUUUCGUGAUAUUCAAACGUUGACAUUGGAGGAAGCUUGAGAAGGUACAGAUUGUAGUCUUGCAUGAUGACGAAUGAAGAUGCGAAGGUGAUCCCCGUGCGGGUUGCCUUACGUUGUCGUCCACUGAUUCCUAAAGAAAUCAACGAGGGAUGUCAGUGCUGUCUGACAUUUGUGCCUGGGGAGCCACAGGUGAUUGUUGGCACGGAGAAAGCGUUCACCUAUGAUUAUGUAUUCGAUCCCACUGCCGAACAAGAAGAAGUCUUCACUACGGCUGUGUCCACCUUACUGAAUGGACUUUUCAAAGGCUACCAUGCCACAGUUCUUGCCUACGGACAGACGGGAUCAGGAAAGACCUUCUCCAUGGGCGGAACGUACACGUCAGCUCAAGAAAAUGAUCCUUCUGUCGGAGUUAUACCGAGAGUUAUAAAGAUGAUCUUUGAGGAGAGGGAGAAGAGGGAGAAGAGGGCGAACUGUGAAUUCCACCUGGGAGUUUCUUACCUGGAGAUCUAUAAUGAAGAUAUAUUGGACCUUCUUUGUGCAUCCAAAGACAAACCUGCCAUCUGUAUUCGGGAAGACCCUAAAGAAGGCAUUAAGAUUGUGGGUCUGACGGAGAGGCAGGUGCUCUCUGCCCAGGAGAUGGUCAGCUGUCUAGAAAUUGGAAAUUCAGCCCGCACUGUUGGUUCCACAGCGAUGAACGCCGCCUCCUCUCGCUCACAUGCAAUCUUCACCAUCACACUGGAGCAGCGCAAAGGAACUGACAAAGUCGACUCCAUUGUUUCUAAAUUGCACCUUGUGGAUCUUGCUGGUUCAGAGAGGCAAAAGAAAACCAAAGCGGAGGGAGAUCGUUUAAAAGAAGGCAUCAGCAUCAAUCGUGGCCUUUUGUGUUUGGGUAAUGUGAUCAGCGCCUUGGGGGAUGAAAGCAAGAAAAACACCUUUGUUCCUUACAGAGACUCCAAACUCACCCGCCUGCUACAAGAUUCUUUGGGAGGCAACAGCCACACUUUAAUGAUCGCCUGCAUCAGUCCUGCAGACUCAAACAUGGAGGAGACCAUCAACACGCUGCGAUAUGCCGACAGAGCUCGCAAGAUUAAAAACAAACCAAUUGUCAACGUCGACCCCAGAGCUGCAGAGACGAACCGACUGAAACAACAGGUUCAAGAGCUUCAGGUGAUGCUUCUUCAUGCUCGUGGAGGAGUCGCUCCGGUGCUUUCUGGGCCAGAGUCAGCAGAGAAUGUGACUAAGCUGUUGCAAAAGAACCGCGCUCUGCAGGACGAGAACAAUAAGCUGAGCAGAGAGCUGAGCGAGGCGGCCGGACAGACUGCCUUCAUGUUCGAGAAGAUCAUUAUGACGGAACAAGCAAAUGAAAAACUACAAAGCAAACUGGAACAACUGCAACACCAUGCGGCCUGCACAGUGGAUCUUGAGAAAGUGCUGGAGACCAUGGAAGAUCAGGAGUUGAAAGAGAACGUUGAGGUGAUGAAGAACCUGCAAGAAGUCAUCCUGGAGCUCAAGAGUGAGAGUGCAGGAAUUGCUGCUACCAUCGAUGCCAUGACUGCAGGCGAGGAUGCACCGGAUGUCUCAGGGAAUGGCAGUAAAAAUUCAUCAGACGAGUCCUCAUCAGACGUCACAGCCAUGGCUGGUAAAGACUCCCCAGAGGCCUUUACAACCCAUCAUGCACUGCGACAGGCCCAGCUGUCCAAAGAGCUGAUCGAGCUGAACAAAGUGUUGAGCCUGAAAGAAGACUUUGUGAGGAGAAUGUGUCAGAAUGAUACCCAGCUGGAGCCCAUGCAGUCAGAGCACCAGAAAAACGUACAUUCUUUACAGUCUUCUGUUGACUCCCUGCAAAAAGAGAAAGAGGAACUCGUUUUUGCACUUCAGUCAGCAAAAAAAGACACAAAUCAUGCUAAGCUGAGUGAGCAGCGCAGGAAGAGGCUGCAGGAGCUCGAGGGUCAGCUCACAGAUAUGAAGAAGAAACUUCUUGAGCAGUCCAAACUGCUGAAACUCAAAGAGUCCUCCGUGCAGAAAGUUAGCAAGCUUAUGCAUGAAAUCCAGGCAAUGAAGUCUCAGCGCACACAGCUGAUGAGGCAGAUGAGGGAGGACUCUGACAAGUUCAGACAAUGGAAGAGCAAGAAGGACCGCGAGGUGCUGCAACUGAAGGAGAAGGAUCGUAAACGUCAGUACGAGCUGCUCAAACUGGAGAGGGAUUAUCAGAAACAGGCUAACGUUCUGCGUCGUAAAACUGAAGAGGCUGCAGCUGCAAACAAGCGGUUGAAGGAUGCUCUGCAGAAGAGAAGUGAGGUCGCAGAGAAACGAAAAGAUGUCCACAACAGAGGAGUGGAGGGAGCUGCUGCAAGAGUCAAGACGUGGCUCCUCAAUGAAGUGGAGCUGUUGGUCAGCACUGAGGAGGCCCGGCGUCACCUCAACGACCUUCUGGACGACAGAAAGGUUCUGGCUCAGGAGAUCACUCACCUCAAACAGCAGAUGGAAGCAGGAGAGCGACCCGCUGCCAAAAUCAGGCGUCGGACACUGAUCAUCUCUGAGCUGGAGACCCAGGGGGCGCUGGAGACUCCUCUGACCAAACAGUUGGAGAACUUGGAGACAGAGAUGGGCCUCAGGAAUGCCCAGAUAGCUGACCUGCAGCAGAAAGUUCUCGUCGCAGACGGCGAGGGACGUUUGAAACAGCGCGUUGACAGCAUCACAAGCAUAGUGGAUGCAAAAUGUGCUCUGAGGGUCGCCAUGUCUGAACUGGUGUCGGCCAAAACUGCGAGCUCCAAGUUGGAGAGUGAAGUCAAACAGGAGAAAGAUAACUCACAGGAUCUAAGGAAGAGGAUGGCUGAUGAGAGGAAUGUGAUGUCCACCAUGGAUAUGGAGCAUCAGCAGCAGCUGGUGGAGUUAGAGCAGAGGCACCAGGAGAAGGUCCUUUACCUACUGAACCAGCUGCAGAACAAGCCAAUCUGUGAAGAGUCGGACAAAACAAAGAAAGAUGAGGAGAGUGCAAAGGAGAAGGAGCUUCUGCAGCGCCUCAAACUCCAGGAGGAGGAGCUCGAGAAGUUGCGAGAGUUAAGCGAGCAGAACCAGAAGCUGGUGGAGCAGAAUGAGCAGUACACACAGAAACUGUCGUUGCUCCAGCUGGCCAGUGUACAUAAAGCCCAUGUUCCUCCAACCUUGCAUGAAAGAAGCCCAGAUGAUUCAUUUGAUUAUGUUCCUCCAAAGCCUAAAGCGAAGCGCUUCACCACGGCCAAAGCACCUCUGAAUAUGGCCAUCAACAUUGAGGAGCUGAUGUCUCCUAGUGAGGACGAGAAAGACGAAGAACAAGCCGAGUGGCGUCCUGAGAAACCCGAGAAAGGGCGCAGAGCUUCGAAGAAACCAAGAUCAACUGGGUGUGCAUGUAAAGGUCGCUGCGGCAACAAGCAGUGCCGGUGCCGUAAAGGAAAGAUGACGUGCGGGGAGAACUGCCAGUGCGAUCAUGAGAAAUGUCGAAAUAUGGAUAACCAGGAUGUAAGUCGGGCAGACAGUGUUUCUCGAGACUCUGGAUCUCUUCAGGAGCCCUCAGCUGACAGUCCUGAUAACACCACCUUCUUCAAGCCGCCAUCUUGCACACCCACUAAAAAGGUGCUGAAAGAAAUUGGAGAUAUUGGACAUGCCACUACAGACCUGAAGCUGGCCAGGAAGCCUAUCUUAGCAGAGGAAGAGGAGGAGGAGGAGGAGGAAGACGAAGAGGACAGAACAACUGUCAGCUUCCUCAAGAAGAAGAAGAGGAUCCUGACGAGUUUUCAGAACAGCUUUUUCUCAGGAUGCACUCCGAUCAGAGAGGAGUCUUAGUCAGGACAGAGUGUAGAUUUUAACAUUAGGUGUCUGUUUAAUGUUUUGUAAACGUCUCUUUUGUAUGUGAUCAUUUUGUAUGUGUUGUGUCCUGUAACUUGAAAUAGUUGUUGAUUCUAAAUCUUUACUUUCAGGGGAGGGGAUCAGAGGGACUGUGAAUAGUAUAAACGUUUUACUGGAAAUUACACAUGAGAUGAUCAUCCUGUACAUAGUAUUUUAGUUAAAUGUAGCACAUGAUUUUCACCAUUAAGUAAGCCUAAAUUCACUAUGUUUCUAUUUGAAAUUCAAUUUUCAAAAGGUUAAACUAAUCCUAUUAGCGUUUCUUGGGGAGCAGCUUCGGUUUCUCACUAUGCUUUUACUGUCAGCUCAAUAAAGUCUUCCAGUCAAACCCUGUUUUUAAAAAACAAA